CCCCGGCAACGACGGCGCAUGGAGAACUUCCGUAAGGUGCACUCUGAAGAGGCGACGGCGGGGUUUGGGACUGAGGGGAGCGGCCCAGGCUCCGGCCCGUUUGCCGACCUGGCGCCGGGCGCCGUGCACAUGCGGGUCAAGGAGGGCAGCAAGAUCCGCAACCUACUGGCCUUCGCCACAGCCAGCAUGGCGCAGCCGGCCACGCGCGCCAUCGUCUUCAGCGGCUGCGGUCGGGCCACCACCAAGACCGUCACGUGUGCCGAGAUCCUCAAGCGCCGCCUGGCUGGCCUGCACCAGGUCACGCGGCUGCGCUACCGGAGCGUGCGCGAGGUGUGGCAGAGCCUCCCGCCAGGGCCCACGCCCGGGCAGAAGUGUAGCGUGCCGGGCGCCAGUCUCAGUGUACUUAAGAACGUGCCCAGCCUCGCCAUCCUACUUUCCAAAGAUGCACUGGAUCCUCGCCAACCCGGCUAUCAGCCCCCGAGCCCCCAUUCUGACUCUUCAUCCCAGCUAACGGCGGCGACGUCCAAGAGGAGCCUAGGAGUACCCGCUGCAGGAGAGGGCUCUGCGAAGCAAUCUGAGCCAGGUGCUGCGGAAGAAAACAGGACAGCCUGAGAACUAUCGCUUCUGGGCCACCUAGACAACCCGGCUUUUAGCCCCAGCCCCUUGACCUUGAGAUGCACUUCCUGCUGCUCAUGCCUCAGUCUUCUGGAGCUCACAGCCUGGUCUCAGCUCCUCAGGCUGCCAUCAUGAACCCCAUA